AUGCUUUAUUUCGGUGAUACAGCAGAAUGGGAUUCAGAGUACAGGGCAUUCCAAAGAGACAUUAUGGGGCUGGUUGAAGGAAGUAGAAGCACGAGGAAGGAGUAUACGAACACAGAGGUGGAAUACAGCAUGAAACUAAUGGAGAAUAACAUGAAUGCUGAUAUUGGAUCGGAUGAAUUCAAGGAAAGAAUGAAGAAGGAUGAAGAACUACUCCAUUCAGUGGUGAAGCAUUCGACAGAAUACGACAUAGAAGAAGUGGUUAGGCUAAGUAGACUGAUUCAAGACAGUGUAACCAGAAUAUCAGUAAUAAAGAGGGUGAUAGGGUGGAUUAAACCAACUAGAAUUCAGUUACAGGGGUAUAUUGGUGAAUUGGAUGAUUUCGAACUCUAUGAAUACGCCCUAGAAAACAAGAUUGAAAUUGAGGCAGUUCCAGGGAUAAAUGGCCUAUUCUACGAAAUGUUCAGGGCAUUCAACUACGAGAAGCACUCUCACCUGAUUCAGAGGAUUGAAGACCAUGCGAUGCUGGAGAAGGUGUUUGGAGAGAAGACGUACAACAAGAAGCUGGUGGCUGACUACGAGAAGUUGGGAGAGAAGACAGACCUGAAUUCGAAGGAUAGGGUCUAUUUAGCAUUAUUCAACCUGAUUCGUGGUAGUAGAAUAGUGAAUGAGGCACUAUUUGGAUUCAAGUUGCUGGAAAAAGAGCCAACGUCCUUCAACACGAAGGUCUUCAUAUCACUGCUCCUAGCUGAAGAAUUCAGUAUAAGAAAUAUUGUACUGGGAAUAUUCAUUUGUAGGAAGCACUAUGAGGUACUGAACACUGAUAUGAUGGUUGUGUACAUGUUUCUACUACGAUACAUGUGCAUGUACGACGAAGUAAAGCAGAUUUAUAGGAGACUAAGAGUAGCCAAUAUUCAGGUGUACAAUAUGGCCUACGUUUGGAGAGACAUACAGGAGAUAUUGAAGAAGGGAAGCUGUGGAUUUGGAAUAUUCAACAGAUUCAGCAAGUUAGCAGACGUAGACUGUGUAGUAGUAAACGAUAGAGGGGUGAUACAGAAAAUGUGCUACGAAUAUGCAAAGGGUGGAAUUCAUUCAGGGGCUUACAGCUGUUAUAGGAUACUGGUGAAAAUGAACAACAAUAAUGUGAUAGAGAAUAGGGUGGGAGAGAAUGAUACAACGGUAUUCGGCAACAUGUUGGGAAGCAGAAACAGCAGAUUGUUUAGGAAGAGAUGCAAUUUGGAUGAGUUUGUUGCAACUAGGAAACAGAGGGGGAUUCUGACAGUGGAGGGUGUGGUGGCAAUGGAAGUGGAUGAAGCAUUCAGAAACAAAUACAUCGAAAUAGGCGGAACGAGAAUAGGACGGGAGAUACGGAAGAGUCUGGUUGAGGUAGAAAGAGGAUUUUGA